CCACACAUCGUAAUCACCAGUCUCGAUCAUCAGAACAUUCUUAUCGUCAUAAUUUUCGUAUUUUCGCGGAUUGAACCAUAAGAGUAGCCGCAUAAUAUUGCCCUUAUUGAAGACAUUAUUCACCGUGAACUAUUGGCGCCAUGGCUGCUUGUUCAGGUGUUGACUUGAGCUGGCUUGACGAGGGCAAACCGCGCAAGAGAAGGACACAACCUGACAGCGCCAAGAGAUCCCGGCCGGGUAAACCAGCUGUUCAUGAGCAGUUUCCAAUAGUCGACGCGGCUUCUGAAUUCAUCGAAGGACAUGGCUUCAGAGCUCAUAGAAGACGCCAAGACGUGACAGGAACGUGUGGUUCUUCUUUGCCCGAAGUCCGAGAUCAUCUUCUAGCUGCCCUUCCCGGCCUCAAGGAAGCAUACCCCAAACUUGGGACUCGUACAGUAGCCAGGCUGAUGAAACCACCAAACCAACGAACCACAGGAGCUAAGCGCUACAAAGGCUUCAUUCAGGCUCGCAUCCCAGCAAAGGAUAACUCCCAAAGGAAAGGCAACGACAACAGUCACUUCUAUGCAUCCAGGGUUCGUUACUGCAUGGAGAUGGCAGCAAAGCUGGGAGAUAAAGCACUGGUGUUCUCAGCAGACAACAAAAACAAAGUCCGUGUUGGAGCCACCACCCUAGCUGUUGACCGUCGUAUCACCAUUAAGCGUUUCUACCCGGUCAACGAUGCACCUCAGUACUUGGACCACGACUUCCCAACGCCAGGCUAUGCCAUCACACCAUCUGGGUAUUUAGAGAUGUGUCCUCUCUCCACUCCUGCUACCACAAUAGAUCAUCUUGGACGAGAACAAUUGGUACUACCACAGAAAACGAGGUCAACAGUUGUCCUUAGAAGUCCACACUCCCCUAAUAAUGUUACGUCCCACCUCAACGAUCUGGUCAUGCAUGCUGAGCUACCAACUUCGAUCGCACAUGGAAAGUCAUGUCUAUUCUUGCUCGUAGAUGGUGGUCCGGACUGUAACACCAAUCAUCAAGUGAACCUGUACUUCUACGCGAAAUUCUUCAAAGACAUGAAUCUUGAUGCAAUGUGUGUUACAUCAUAUGCGCCGGGUGAUUCAGCUUUAAACCCAGUAGAGCACCUUUGGGCGCCUUGCACUAAGGCCUUAACAAGCGUCUAUUUGCCUUCAACGUUGCCUGGAGAAACCGUUCCUCCAUGCCAGCAGCACCAGCUUUCCAUGGAUGAAAGACUGCAAAAGGAGCAUCAGGUGUUUGAUUCGGCGAUGGACCAAAUCAGGAAGCGUUAUUGGAGUAAUGUUCGUUUUGCUGGACACAAGGUUAACGUCAAAGUCGAGAAGAGUGGAGGAGAGCCCCGCCCAUAUGGCACAACAUACCAGCAACAGAAGGCUGCACUGGCUGGAUCCACUAGAGCUCUUCGUCAGAGUGGAAUGAUGGAAAUGUAUCGGUUUGCGUCAAGACACAUGGACAAGCGCAUUGGAACGGUAAUUUUUGCUAAAUGUUUGGAGCCAUCUUGUGAACAUUGUUCUUCGCAUCCCCCCCAAGUUUCCCCUGGAGAUCUACACAUUCUAAGGAAUUUUCCCACACCGAAACCAUCAAGCGACCAUGGAGGACACUUCAUAACAUUCUUGGAGGCUUGCAAGGAGGGCAUUGAUAUGCCUUGUGAGCACAUGCCCCUCUACAAAGAAAAGGGACUCGGAAGGUGCGACAAGAUGGGUUGCCGCUAUGUUUUCGGCAGCAAGAAAGAUGUAGAGGACCACCGACGCAAGGUUCAUGGACGUUAGUGUAUCAUGGUACUGGUGUCUGAUUGUAAUUUCAUAUUAAUGUCAUCAUGACUGCAGGUUCAUUCAGUUGUCAUGUAAUUUUUCUACCAUAGGCUCGUUAUAAAACUUUGAUUAAGUGCACCUUCUUGAUUAGUUACAUUUGAUGAUGUCAAAUUCAAGCUACUCAGGCUGUUAUUUUCAAUUAGCACAUUCUUUCCCACUUUUUCAAUAUUGAUUGAAGACUCAAUAGACUCAUUAACCUGAUUGUUCUUUUGUGAAAAAAAAAGAAGUGUUCAGCAUUCGGAAAUGAGUAUUUCUUCAAUAACUUUGUGUAUAUUCUAUUAUUACAGUUCAGUGUCUAUCUUGAGUAAUUGAUAAUUGUUGUGCAUUGCAAGGGAAUAUUACAUUGAAAACUUAAGUAUUUAAUUCACUGUAUCCCAUUCAGGCAGUAACAUACAAUACUGUUUAGUAAUAAACUUUGCUAUUCCCUCAGCUGUGCAUGUCAACAUUCAUGCUGCAGCAAGUGAAGAUACUUUUUUUAGGGGGGGGGGGGUGGUCACCUACUUACUGUCCUAUGUCACUAUUUACUGAUUGGAUGACUUGAUUUUCUUAUGAGCCGUCAAGACGCAUGUUUAAAUCCAAAUUAUUUAUGCCAACUGGGGCUGCAAAAUUACAAAAGCCUUCGUGUGAAAGCAAAUGUCAUACAUUAUGUAUAUUAAUUUCCUUUUAAGCUCUAAGCUUUAUCAAGUUUAUAUGUAUGUUACACUUGAAAUUUGGGUCUUCAAAUUUUAGAGCAUGGUUACUAUAUUGUUUUUUAUCAUUGGGCACAUUUGUUCUCCGUUAUGUGAAAAUUUCAUGAUUAGGUUUGAAAUGUGUAGGCCUGUAAUAUUAGGUAUUUUAGGUGUGGGGUCUCUUUUAUUUGUAUUUGUUACCAUGUUACCAUGUUACUAUUUCAUUUUUGUUUUCAUUACUUUUAUAAGUAAUAUUUUGUGUUAUGUUAUUACUUGUAAAUAUUUUGAUUGUAUAUAAUUUGAAUACUAAUAAAUCACAUGCUUAUUCUG